AUGUAUACGCCGUACAUAUUUGUGCUGUGCCUCUUGCAAGGGGCUUGUGCCUGGAAUCUGAGGUACAUUAGCACAAUGCUAGCGGGCUUUAACAAAAUGGGUCAGUUUCAGGAUUUGGUGUGGUUCGUUAGUCCUCAGCUGAAUGGCGAGCAUAUGGAGAAUGUGGACAAAUUCAUACGCAUACUACACGAGGCCUUUGGCCUAACCCAAAUAGUUAUCUUCAAUAACUCAGAUAUGCGCAUGAGUCUCUCGGCUGUGAGGCGCAAUCAGGUGAGCGUCGUCUUCACCACCGGCCCCGAGGAUCCCAUUUUGCAGGUGGCGGAUAAGGUGCUGCUGGGCAAACACUAUUAUCUCUCGGUGUUUAUGCUAAUGCCCAAGGUGGAAGAUAUGGAGACGGUGUAUGAGUUAUGCCGCUUCCUCAACGACAAACAGUUUGAGAACUCUCUCCUGUAUUUCGAGUCAGCGGAUGGCAUCAAUCAGCUCUUUGGCACAAAUCAGUAUCCCGUUGUGCAGUUCGAGAAUCGCACAGAUCUGAUGAGCUUCAUGCGGCAACGGGCCAAACAGGUGACCAGCGCCGCGCACGAUGUGGGCGGAUACCGUUUUGCCACGCCCAUGCGUGAGGAUGCGCCGCAUCUGUUUAGAGUUGGCGAUCGCUACGAGGGCAGCACAUACCGCAUCAUCGACACCUUUGUGCAGCAUCUGAACGGCAGCUUCCGGGAGUGGCCACUGCCGCCGGAUGAGCUUGGCGGGCGUGCGGUCAACAUGAAGCAGACCCUGCAGCUGGUGCGUCAGCGGAAGGUUCAGUUCUCUGCCCAUGCGUAUGCCCUGUUCAUGCCGGACGAUGAGCUGGAGAAGAGCUAUCCACUGCUGGUGGUGCGCUGGUGCCUGAUGGUACCGCUCUACAACAGCGUCUCCACCUACUUCUAUCCGCUACAGCCCUUCGACUGGACCGUUUGGUUUUUUGUGCUCGGCGCUUUCCUGACGCUCAGCUUGCUGGAGCUGCUUUGGCUAUGGUUGGAUGCGGCUCAUGCGGCAGCUGGACCCACGGCCGCUCUGCUCAACUCCUUUUGCUAUAUCAUCAACAUAGCCACUGGGCGGCAGCUGUUGCAGCCGACGUUUUUGCGUCUUCUGCUACUUUGUGCUGUCUUUUUUCAUGGCUUCUUUUUGUCGGCCAAUUACACAUCCACGCUGGGCAGCAUUCUGACCGUGAAUCUAUUCCACGCACAACUAAACACCAUGGAGGAUUUACUGCGCGCCCAGCUGCCCGUCAUGAUCAUUGACUAUGAGCUCGAGUUUCUCUUGCAGCUGCACACGGAGCUGCCGGCGGAGUUCAGGCAGCUGCUGCGACCUGUGGACAGCGGCGUCUUUGCCCGGCACCAGCUUAGCUUUAAUAGCUCCUUUGCCUACUUUGUCACUGAGGAUAGCUGGCAGUUUUUGGAUGAGCAGCAGCGGCAUCUGAAGCAGCGCCGGUUCAAGUUCAGCGACAUUUGUUUUGGCUCCUAUCACCUGGCCUAUCCCAUGCAGAAGGACUCGUCUCUGUGGCGCGAUCUGGAGUACUAUACGUUCCGCGUGCAUUCCUCGGGACUGCUCUACUACUACGCCCGGCUCAGCUUCGAGUCUGCACUUCAUGCGGGCCUUGUGCAGCGCCUGCAGGAGACCAAGGUCUACACAUCCGCGGGUCUACAGCAUCUGGCCAUAGCAUUCAUAUUGCUUUUGGCCAUGUCCGCGAUUGCAAUUAUCGUUUUUGCUUUCGAGGUGCUUGCGGCACGCAUUUGGCGCCCGAGCACGGACCAGGUGAGGCUUUAA